CGGGGUACGGGCGGCUGCGGCGGCGCCGGAGGCUGCCGGCUGCGGUCGGGCCGGGCGCAGCGGCCGUGCGGGCGCGUCAUGGACUUCAACAUGAAGAAGCUGGCGUCGGACGCGGGCAUCUUCUUCACCCGGGCAGUGCAGUUCACAGAGGAGAAGUUUGGCCAGGCAGAGAAGACUGAACUUGAUGCUCACUUUGAAAACCUUCUGGUCCGGGCGGACAGCACCAAGAACUGGACUGAGAAGAUCCUGAGGCAGACGGAGGUGCUGCUGCAGCCCAACCCCAGUGCCCGAGUGGAGGAGUUCCUGUAUGAGAAGCUGGACAGGAAGGUCCCCUCACGGGUCACCAACGGGGAGCUGUUGGCUCAGUACAUGGCAGAGGCAGCCAGCGAGCUGGGGCCCACCACGCCCUAUGGGAAGACACUGAUCAAGGUCGCAGAAGCUGAAAAACACCUGGGAGCUGCAGAGAGGGAUUUUAUCCACACGGCCUCUAUCAACUUCCUCACACCCCUGCGAAACUUCCUGGAAGGGGACUGGAAGACGAUUUCGAAGGAGAGGCGGCUCCUCCAAAACCGGCGUCUGGACCUGGAUGCUUGCAAAGCACGGCUGAAGAAGGCCAAGGCUGCAGAAGCCAAAGCCACGACGGUGCCUGACUUUCAGGAGACUAGACCUCGUAAUUACAUUCUCUCAGCCAGCGCCUCUGCGACUCUGGAUGACACUUCCCACCCUCCUCCUUGGGCCGAGUGGAAGGAGAAACAUCCUGGAGGGUGGAGACUGCCCUGUUUUUUUCUUUUGCCACUGAACCCCAGUGUGACUCAGGCACGAGGCUGCCUUUCUCUGCCGGAGGACAGAAAGCUCUGGAAUGAUGAGGUGGACAAGGCUGAGCAGGAGCUCCGAGUGGCCCAGACAGAGUUUGACCGGCAGGCAGAAGUGACCCGUCUGCUGCUGGAGGGAAUAAGUAGCACUCACGUGAACCACCUUCGCUGCCUCCACGAGUUCGUCAAGUCUCAGACAACCUACUAUGCACAGUGUUACCGCCACAUGUUGGACUUGCAGAAGCAACUGGGCAGAUUCCCAGGCACCUUUGUGGGAGCUUCAGAGCCUGCCUCCCCGCCCCUGAGCAGCACCUCGCCCACCACCACUGCAGCCACUAUGCCAGUGGUGCCCUCUGUGGCCGGCCUGGCCCCUCCAGGGGAGGCUGCACUCUGCCUGGAGGAGGUGGCACCCCCUGCCAGCGGGACCCGCAAGGCCCGGGUGCUCUACGACUAUGAAGCGGCUGACAGCAGUGAGCUGGCCCUGCUGGCUGAUGAGCUCAUCACUGUCUAUAGCCUCCCUGGCAUGGACCCUGACUGGCUUAUUGGCGAGAGAGGCAACAAGAAGGGCAAGGUCCCCGUUACCUACUUGGAACUGCUCAGCUAGGCAGCCCCUCUCCCCCGCCAGGCCCCUGCUCAUUCUGGCCUGGGCAGGAGAGGGUGGAUGCAGCCCUGCCACUUAUCUUGUCUGUUGGUGACACAGCUGCU